CCCCCAGACACACACCCCCAGACACACAUUCCCCCAGACACACAUUCCCCCAGACACACAGCUGUGUUCCUCUAUGCACUUAUAGCCUGUCAUGUUUCUGUUACUGAUGUUACACUGGGGGAACAGGAACGAUGUUCUCUAUAUGUAAUCUAUACAUGACUCCAUUAACCCAGUUUAUGGUGAUACAUAAUCAAUCGGUAGGAAUCCGACUCUGUUUAUCCAGCAUGUUUAGGGUCAACGGCCGUGUUGUCUGUCUGAUGUUGAUGACAUGGCUGCAGGGUCCCGUUACUGCGGCCUGCGGUUGCCUGUUAAUAAUUAACCCGUGUUUGUUGGUCAGGGCUCUGCUCACAGUCUUUAGUUACCUCUCUCUGCCUCCCAGCACCCUUUAUCUAAAGAUAUCCUAUACAGUAACUUAAAGCUACACUCAGCAAUAUGACAUCAUUAUGCCGGUCAGAUUUCUCCUUACAGAAUCAGCAGCAAUGCAAAUUAGGGAGAGACAAUAGUGGUAGUCUUGGUAAAUCUGAAUUCUGUUGUUGUUCAUGUAUGUAUGUUAAGCAGGAAGUUGCCCCAAUAUGUGCGAUGAUAUCAUAUUGCUGAGUCUCCCUUUGAAGGGUCAGAUUUGAAAUACCUCCUGCAUCACAGUCUGUACCAGAGAGACAGAGGGGGCAUCUAACGAUUGCUGCAGGUGGGCAAAGUGUAGCUAAUUGUCUAUGCGUGACUAAAUGGGUUUAAACCUCGGUCAUCUGCGUGCCACAACAUUAUUAACCAGCUGAGCUAAAGCCUGGAAAAGCUACCGUAAGUCUUCAGUUGCCAGGGAAGUGUACUCAUCACAUGGACAUCGAGUCGCCUCUAUGACACAUGAACUCUAGGAAGAGAAGUGAGAUGGUGAUUCAGGUGUUCCCAGGGCUGCAGAAUGGAGAUAACGUUUCCUCAGCUUGUAAAGACCAUCUAUAAUUCAGCCUAUGAGGCUGUGUUUUUCCUGAAGAGGCUGGAUGGUGCCGGGAGUGAAUCAAUGACAGAACAGCAAACAGUAAAGGGAAGAGAAGGAAGAAGAGAGGAAAGAGAGAGAGAGAGAGAUCUGUGUGCACGGAGUAGAGUUGUCAACUUAUUCUGGGAUACCUUAAGAGUGGUCUAACAAAGUUUUUUUUUCCCGAGUGGUCUAACGAAGUUUUUUUUCCCCGAGUGGUCUAACAAAGUUUUUUUUCGAGUGGUCUAACAAAGUUUUGUCGACAGACGUGAAGCAGGAAGGACCCGUACAGAGGAUAUGUUUGGACUAACAGGGGAUCAAAUCAGACCGAAUCUCUUCUCCUGCUUGUUAUUGUUGUGCUGAUUGGUGAUUGCAUUUCUAGCUGCCAGCGAAUCACAGGGCUGCCCACACAGACACAACGGACUGCUCUGGGAGAAGGUCCCUCAGCAUUCUCUGAGGGUUGGCAACCCUAGCUGGGAGUGACAGAAGAACAACGUGUAAAAGAGGAAGAGAGGAGGGUUUGGAAAAUAGAGAGAGAGAGAGAGAUCGACAAAUCAUGGAGGUUAAGAGACGUCCGAUAAUCGCUGGCAGAGAGAAAGGGCCAGGCCCCGGUCGCUAUGCUCUCCCUCCAACCAUUGGCUACAUCAACCAUGACCUCACCAAGCCCAGUAGCCCCGCCUACACCUUCCACAGACGUAUGAGCAGCAACAUGGUCUCUGUGGAUUGUAGUCCAGGACCCCAGUACCACAUCGAUGCCAAGAUGACCCGGUUCGGCCGCGUCGGUACCCCUUCUUACUCCAUGCUAGGCAGGGCAAGACACUCCGCUGAACUCUUCCAGACUCCAGGUCCAGGUGCCUACAGCCCAGAGAAACCUCAUCUCAGAACUCCCUCCUACACUAUUGGCUCUCGGUCACGCUACCGUAUAAUGGAUUCUGUGCCCGCCCCUAACCGGUACACCCUCCCUAACCUGCUGGGUUCCCAGGUGCCCCACAAGCCGUCCAGUGCCAGCUACAGCUUGGCGGGGCGCAGACAGGUUGGCGCUCCAUCAGAAGACCUGUCCAUGACCCCUGGACCAGGACGCUACAACAGUACUGACCCCAGCGUCUACCUCACACGACAGCCGUCCUUCUCUAUGCAGAGCCGGACUACCCGGGCCAGCGAUCAGUCUCAGAAGCCUGGGCCAGGGACCCACAGCCCGGAGAAGGUCCUGCUCCACCUCCCCAGACCUCCUGCCUUCUCCCUGGGCAUCAGACACUCAGAGUUCAUUACUCCUCUGGUGGUGGUUGUUUCCGACUGAUUUUUAUUGGAGUUUCACAUGGAGUUUGUGGAAAUGCUGGAGUCAGUUCUGAGUUAAAUACCACUGUGUUGUUUUAAUGAGCACAUUUAGCACAAUGUUGGAAAAGUGCGUCACAAAUAGAGUGUUUUUAUUAUCAUUGUUAAGCCAAGUUGUGGAUCUAUGGGUGUGACCUGUGUUGAUCUGUGUCUGUGUGUGUGUGUGUGCGUGUGCGUGUGCGUGUGUGUGUGUGUGUGUGUGUGUGUGUGUGUGUUUGUUUGUUAUCUCAGUGUGUACAUGUGUGUGUUCAGUGUGCAAGCAUGGUGACAGUAAUAGGUAGGCUCCAGUCACUGCUCUGUCCCAGCCACAUCAGUUCCAUGGAACACACCUGGCUCGAUAAGACCUCUCAGGGGACAGCCCUGGUAGAACUUUCUUGGUGUCCUCAAACGGAUCCAACUACAGAGAGAAGGAGAGAGAGAAAAGGAGCCAGAGAGCUCGAGAGAGAGAGGGGGGAGGAGAGUGUCUCACACACACACACACACACAGACACACUAUAAGAGUCUGCACUCACAGUGAUAUCAUGUGGGGUACUCUUGUUGUCCCAAUGGUAUCUGACUUGGUACUUCAGGGGGAAGAGGGUGUGGUCGGACCAGGAAGGGGGAGGGUCCCACUUCACUAACAGCUUCAGCUUCCCUGGUACGGCUUGCAAGGUCACAUUCACGGGGGGUCUGGCUUCACAGCUGGAGUUUGAUACCAAAGACUCUAUAUUCUGUCCUCCCUGUGUAAAUAGUGACUUGGAUCAGGCAGACCCACCCCAGCCCUCACAUCUUUACCAAACCCAAACUGUGGAGUACAGAGAGGCACACUCUACCUAUCCUCACAACUGAAGAGAUCAAAACAGAAACUGAUGGAGAGGGCUACAGAGUACCAGAACCAACUAGUGGCUCACAGCCUGUCAAUAAAUCCAGACUGUUCUGCAAGGGAGAAACCAUGUCGAUGUAAAGACUGUGGUAGAGGCUUCCACAAUAAUAUAGGCUUGACUAAUCAUAUGAGGAUACACACAAGGGAAAAAACGUGUAGCUGUGAAGACUGGCAAAUGUUUCAAUAACAAAGGAAUCUUAAAUUGGCCAUGCAAGAUCUCACACAGGGGAGAAAUCUUAUUGGUGCAAAGACUGUAGCAAAUCGUUUGGCAACAAAGGAAACUUGACCAUGCAUAUAAAAAAUAGACACGGGUCUGGAGAGGAGAAGUCUUAUCAGUGCAAAGACUGUGGCAAAUACUUUAACAAGAAGGCAAAAUUUACUAGACAUUAGAAAUGACAUGCAGCGAAAAUUAAUCGGUGUAAAGACUGUGGCAAAUGUUUCAGCACAAAGGUUUACUUAAUCAGACAUACAAAGCUACACUCAGGAGAAAAUCCUUAUCACUGUAAAGACUGUGGCCAAUGUUUCAACCGUAAGGAAAACUUGACCCUCCAUACAAUAUCUCACACGGGAGAAGUCUGACAGUUGUAAUGAAUGUGGCAAGUGCUUCAACAAGAUGAGAAAUUUGACUGUGCACAUGAGAUCUCACACAGGGGAGAAAUCAUAUCAGUGCAGAGACUGACAAAUGUUUUCCUUAUAGGACAGGCUUGAUAAUGCAUACCAUGAUACACAGAGGGGAGAAAUCAUUUCGCUGUAAUGACUGUGGCAAAUGCUUCAGACAGACAGCAACUCUGGGAAGACAUAUUAAAGGUUGUCACAGCAAGUAGAGAAAAUGUUUUAGCUGUAAGGGUCACUUGACUGACCGUACAGUAUCUCACACAGGGGUGAAAUCAUAUGGCUGCAUAGUCUGUGGAUAGUGCUUGAAUCACAGUGGGCUCUUCCGGGCUCCAGAGUGGUGCAGUGGUCUAAGGCCCUGCAUCUCAUGCUUGUCACUACAGACACUCUGGUUCAAUUCCAGGCUGUUACACGACUGGCUGUGAUUGCGAGUCCCAGAUUUGGCCAGUGUAUGCUGUCAUUGUAAAUAAUAAUUUGUUCAUAACUGAAGUUUAAAUAAAAAAUAAAAAAAUGUAAAUAAAAUUGACCAAGCAUAUGAUGUUAAAUACAGGAAAUGAAUUGUAUUGCUGUAAAAAAAAAAAAACACUCUGGCAAAUGUUUCAGUUGCUCAUUAGCUUUCAGGUAUCCUGUAUGAAAUAAAAGCCUUAUCACAAUGAGCCAUUUAAAAGAUCUUCAGGUCUGUUUUUAUUCACGCUAUAAACAACAUUUAUAUUGUCGCAAUCCUAGCUAAUGAGCCACCUUACAGUUCCCACCAAAUAGGUUAACCCUGUUGGAAAAAUGCAGUAGCGUGAUUGCCUUU